AUGAGAGACGAGGUUCGAUCAUUGUGCCUUAAAGUGACCACCUUCAUCAGAUCGGCGACAAUCUUCACAAUAACCCAUGUCGGUUUAUGUUUUCUCGUUGCUUUAUAUGCCGUCGCAGGAGCCUUCAUGUUCCAGGCUGUCGAAUAUCCGUAUGAAUUGGGUCUUCAAGACAAAGUGAAAAACGGCUCAUGGAAAGUGGUCAACGACAUUUAUCAGUUUAUCAACACAAAAAAUGUGAUCGAGGAGAAUGCGGUGAAAAAUGAGUCUCAAUGGGCAUUGAAAGAAUUUGAAAUGCUUCUUGUGCAUGCCAUGAAUUUCGAAGGUUAUGAUGAACGCGACGAAGAAAGACCGACAUUUCAAUGGACGUUCUCAGGAGCAUUAUUAUAUUCGAUUACGGUUUUCACAACCAUAGGUUAUGGUCAUAUUUGCCCGAAAACGGAUAUCGGCCGUCUAUUGACAAUUUUCUACUCGAUGCUCGGCAUUCCGUUAAUGCUUCUUUGUCUUGCGAACAUCGCCGAAACUCUCGCUCAGGUGUUCACUUACAUUUACUUCAAACUCUGCUGCGCCUACUGCCGAUGGCAAAAGAAUCGGCGACGGGUUCGACGAGCAGCACUUUCAUUCAGAUACCAUCCGAACGCUGCCGUCAAUGUCCGACGAGUGCAAUCAUCAAGAUCGAAUCAGAAAUAUAAUACUGUUCGAAGGCAUGCAUCUUUGAAUCGAUCAAGAACAAAAAGCAAUGAUACGAAAAGUGUUCGAAGCUUCAAUAGGUAUGAGACAACUUCAACAAAUCGUUUUGAUACCAUGUCGUUGCCUGGCCGGCGGAAAAUCAGUACACAGAAUCGAAGUCCGAACGGAACAAUUCCACGACCUCCGUCAAACUUCCAAAAAAGAAGUUUCCGUGGAGGACACCUUCAGAAAUCAAACACCGCCAUAAAUAUGGAGCAAUUGUAUUUUGACGAAGGAAAGAAGCGGAGACGAGCACGACAUGCAGUCAGUGAAAGUCCUGCGAGAGAGUACAAAGGUGGCGGAUUGCUGGUUCGAGCUCAGCAUCCGACUGAUGAAGGUGUUGUUGAUCUGAAGGCUUAUGGCGGAUCAGCGGCGGCGUUCCACGAGCUCGUCACAAGGAGGAAAAAAGAUGAGUCGGGUGUUCCAAAUGUGAUAAUUUCAAGAUCUCGCGACGACGAUGUCAAAAGCGACGUCGAGAAAACCGAAGAGACUAGCAUGUCGCUUACCGAUGAUGAAGAUAUUCAAAGGUUACCCCAACCAGGAAGAAAAAAUUCUAGAGAAUUCAGAGAAAAAGAAAUGAUGAUGCAUGCGAUGAGUCAUAAGCAGCCAAGUAUGGAUAGUAGUACUUCGAGAAGAAUGCGCGACUUCGAUGGUCGAUCAUACCGAUCGGACAGAUCAGAACGAUCCGAUGAAAUGUCGCUGCAUUCGUUGAGACGAAAUGGUCAUCGUAGUCACGAGAAAAUGCCAGUUAGUGUUGGCAUCUGCAUAGUAUUCGCAUUCAUUUCGGGUGGCGCUUGGCUAUUCGCCUGGUGGGAGAAUUGGAACGGGUUCGAUGGCGCCUACUAUUGUUUUAUCACUUUGAGCACAAUCGGGUUCGGCGAUAUUGUUCCUGGACAGGCUCUUGAUGAAGGCAGUCAAGAGAAGCUCGUCGUCUGUGCACUUUAUCUUCUUUUUGGAAUGGCAUUGAUCGCGAUGUGUUUCAAACUAAUGCAAGACGACGUUGUGCAGAAAGCGCGUUGGCUCGGACAGAAAAUCGGAAUCCUCGCUCGUCCAUUCGAAUUGUCUCGCGAGAUCGCCAAACACGCCGUCUUCCUCUUCGGAUACUCGCUUUCGAUACGCGACGAGUCGUCGGAAUCCGAAUCGGACUUUGACGAUGACAUGAUUGAGGAGGACGACGAAGAUUUCAGCGAAGAGCGAAACGAUCAGGAACAGGACAAACGAACCAUAUCGUCGGGAUCGUCGAAGCAAAAUGAUGAGUACAUCCAUCCGCGCAAGUAUCAUCAUUAUCAGUCGCAGCAUCGAAGAUAA